AUGAGUAACUCGUAUAAGAGCAGCAGCGCCGAAACGGUCAUCCGGCGGCGAAGACGGGGCGAAAAACCGAGUCCGACUCCCGGGGCGGAUUUCAAUACCCCGUGCGGAAUGCCCCCGUUCCGCUGUUCAUCAGAGUCUCCAAGCUUCUUAGGCAAGGCAGCCCGUUGGCGUACCCGAUUAGUGGAAGCGAUUGGCUGGGGCGUGCCUUUGAAACUCCUUGAAGUUGCAAGGCCUCCCCUCCUCCCCCCCCAGAAUGCCAAUACGUUCGCGACACCUGGCACGCCCGCAGACUAUGAGGGCCCCUUCCGCACCAACGUCCGGGCAUUCCUGGCGGAGUUUGGCGAGAGGGAUCCCUCCCGAGAAGGCGCCCCAGGAGUUGCCACCUGGACGGUCUUCCUGAGGACACCUGGCGGCGUGGGGUUUGAGCUGCUGAUUGUGGAGGAGAAUGUCCGGGAGGCCAGGAACACCCACUGCGACCACUGCCGCUCCCAGGGCUGGGCCCAUCACCCUGUCUGCAAGCGACGCUACCACUUCAUCAUCCCCCGUCAGAAGUCGGACGACUCGGGCCGCUCACCCAAACGGACGUCCAAAGGGCCACGUGCCUGCCCCUCGUGCGACGCCGUCGUCUAUUCGGACGAAGAUUGGUGCUCCCUUUGCGGGCAGAAUGUGGCGCUGUCCGGACUUCUCGAGGCGUCCGACCACGUCAUGCAUGGCGUCAUCCACUCGAACGGGUACGGUCACCUGUACGUCAUCAGCGGGAAGGAGAGCGGUUCGGCGCUGCUGACCGGAGCAGAGGCUAUGGGUCUUUGGGAUAGGAUAUGCGCCAUGCUGCGCGCCAGGCGCAUCAGUCUGGAAGACUCGUCCAAACGACUCGGCUGCGACCUGCGUCUCCUUCACGGCGUAGGUUACGGCCAAACCUGGUUCGGGAACUGGGGUUACAAGUUCAGCCGCGGCAGUUUCGGGAUAACCCGCCAGGGUUACCAGCGGGCACUGGCCGCCCUGCGAGGCCUGGAGGUGUCCGAAUUGUUGGACAAGAUCGCUGGUGCGGACGACGAACUGGGCCGGAUCGUCCGGCAGUACCAAAAGACAGGCGAGAAGGAGCUCAAGACCGUCGGCGACCUAGUGCGCUGUUUGUUGGAGACACGUGUCGCCACCACGGAUGCCGCCCCCCCGCCCCCGCCAACUCCCUCUCCCAAGCCGUGCGGACGGCCGACGAAGCGUUCGCGAGCGUCCGAAGAGGCGACCGUCCAGGGAGAGGAGCAGUGCCGCUGGUCGCCGAAACGGCUGGAGCACGUGCAGCAGGUGGUGCUGACCGCGUUGCUAGAGAGCGGCAAAAAGUGGGUGCCCCGUCAGGAGAUCCGCGAUCUGGCCCGCCAGUCGGUGGGAGACACCGGGCUCCUGGACUACGUGCUAAAAGGCCUCGGGGGAAAGAAACUGGGCGGCUACACGUUCCGGAGGGAGGUCAACCAGUCGACGCGCGUACUGGAAUUCGGACUCCGAAAAGACAAGGAACCCGCCAAAGAGUUCCCCCCCGCGCCCGUCCCCUCGCCGCCCUCAAAGGCCGCCACGUGUCGUGCUGACGUCACCAAGGACAUCCUAUACGUGUACCGAAACGUGUUGGACCGUCACAGGGCGACGCUGGGGGGAAAGGGUUCUGAGACUGCUCGCGCGAUUGAAACGGCCAGGCGGGUGGUUCUCGAUACGCGGUACUUUGUCAAAGAUUACAGGGGAGAGCACACCCGGCGGGACAGCGACGCUGGGCGUGCGCAAUCUGCGGACGACGAGUUGCUGCGAGUUAUGGUCCAAGUGAAGACGUCCGACGUUCCGGCGCACGGUUCCGGCCACCACCCGCCGCCGGAACUGGUCGUGCUGCCGAAGAACGGAACGGUUGCGAGGCUGAAGGUGGCCGCGCGCAAAGCUUUCAGCGACACGUAUCUUAUGAUGCGCGACUUCACCGUGACUGACGUCACCAUCCCGUCAUUCGAAGACCUGGAGGAUGACGACACGCUUGCGGACCUGGUCGAGCAGGGCGCGCUCAUCACCGUCAUGGGGCCGGGCAUUGAUUACGGCUGCCCGGAGCGGUACGAGGGCGGCAUCGAGCAGUGGUUCGUGGACUGCUCGUGCGGGGCACGUGACGACGACGGAGAGCGUAUGGUCUCCUGCGAUAAGUGCGACGUCUGGCAGCAUACGCGAUGCAACCGGAUAGGGGAUAGGGAGCACGUGCCCAGCACGUUCCUGUGCAGCCGGUGCAGGGCGGAAGCGGAGCCGGCGGAAGAUGGGUUCGGCUGGGCGUGAACGGAACGGAACUGAAAAUAUUUAGAAGGGGUUUUAGCUGGAAAACUCCAAAAAGCUGAUGGAAUGGAUCGGGGAUGAUGGCGGGGGGAAAUAAGAGGGGCUCUGUGGACGAAAGUCUUUUCCAGCAACUUGUUGGAAAAGCCGGAGAAGUCGAUCGGGCUAAUAUUGUCUUAUAUGCGUUGUGGGCAAGAGGCUCGAUUGGUAUUAUCGGGGAAAGCGCGUGUUGAUAUGGAAGAAAAAUGGGUUGGGUUUAACAGCGUGUUGAGGAGGGGAGCAAUUGGGUUGCGUCUAACGUCAGACGGCCGAGGAUGUUCCACUCGGGCGAAAACAUUGCAAGUAACUGAUUUGGCGUCCUGCGAACCGGGGCUUUGAAGGAGUGCUUUUGAAGCCUUGGGAUUGGCGGCGGGGGCCUUUGCUGCUUACCUUUGGUGAAUAACAGCGCAGCGGGAAAGCUGUACUUCUUACCUAGAUUGUCAUCACCCGAUGCUUCGGAAAGUGAGCGGUCGUUGUGGUAAAGACACGUGUGCGGGCUCGCACGUGUGUCUCUUGUGAAUAGUCUGAUAAGAUAAGGUGUGAAACCGCCCUCCAGAUACUCAGUCACGCAGCAUUAAACCAGUCAUGUGUGCCACGUUCGCUUCCGGUAAGGCCGUAUAGGUUGUGUCUCACAACUUCCAGUCAGAGGCCGAACGAAGUGAAACGUUUUUAUUUGCGUGGGGUGGGCUAGCUAAAGCUAGCCAAAAAGACCAUUGAUUAAAUUCAUCUGUGAGUUAAGUAGAUCGGCAUGGACUUCCUGCCAAAAGACAAACGUUUGUUCACAUUAGUGACAACGAUAGGCUGAGCACGCUUCUAUAAAUCACUAAAUACAGGUACGUCCAGGUCGACCCGAAGCUCGUUAACUGAUUCGUCGCACUACUUCCUCUAUCUUGCCAUGACUGUCAGAGCGAUUCGCUUCACCGCGU